AUGAUUGGUUCAUCGACAGGAGGUAAAACUUCGUCAUCAUUACCAUUUUCUUCAACAAAUACAGAUGGUAGUGAUAAAAAUAAGAUAAAUAAUGGUAAUACAUCUACAACAAAUUCAAUAACAACAAUUAAUAAAGAUGAUCCCGAUUGGAAAUCAAAAUUAAACAUUCCAGAAAAAGAUCGUCGUGCUAGAACAUCUGAUGUUACAAAUACAAGUGGUCAUGAUUUUGAAGAUUAUUGUCUUAAACGAGAAUUACUUAUGGGAAUUUAUGAAAAAGGCUGGGAAAAACCAUCUCCUAUUCAAGAACAUUCAAUUCCAAUAGCGCUAACAGGUCGUGAUGUUCUUGCUCGUGCUAAAAAUGGUACAGGUAAAACUGGUGCCUAUACUAUACCGAUUGUUGAACGAAUUGAUCCAAAUAAAAAUGCUAUUCAAGCAAUAAUCUUAGUUCCAACACGUGAAUUAGCAUUACAAACAAGUGCUAUUUGUAUGGAAUUAUCUAAACAUAUACACUUACGUGUUAUGGUUACAACAGGUGGUGCAUCUGUACGUGAAGAUAUUGCUCGUUUACAAGAAGUUGUUCAUAUUAUUAUAGCAACACCUGGUCGUUUAUUAGAUUUAGUUCAAAAAGAUUUAGCUAAACUUGAUUCAUGUCGUGUAAUUGUAUUGGAUGAAGCUGAUAAAUUACUUUCACAAGAUUUUAAUCAUUUAUUAGAUGAUGUUAUUUAUCAUUUACCACAAGACAGACAAAUUAUGUUAUAUUCAGCAACAUUUCCAUUAACUGUUGAUGAUUUUAUUAAAAAACAUAUGCGUAAUCCAUAUGAAAUAAAUCUUAUGGAAGAAUUAACACUUAAAGGUAUUACUCAGUAUUAUGCAUUUGUACAAGAACGUCAAAAGGUCCAUUGUUUAAAUACAUUAUUUUCGAAACUACAAAUCAAUCAAUCUAUUAUAUUCUGUAAUUCAACACAACGUGUUGAACUUUUAGCUAAAAAAAUAACUGAUCUUGGUUAUUCAUGUUAUUAUAUACAUUCAAAAAUGCGACAAGAUCAUCGUAAUCGUGUAUUUCAUGAUUUUCGUACUGGUCUUUGUCGUAAUCUUGUUUGUUCGGAUUUAUUUACACGUGGUAUCGAUAUUCAAGCUGUUAAUGUUGUGAUUAAUUUUGAUUUUCCAAAAUUAAGUGAAACAUAUUUACAUCGUAUUGGUCGUUCGGGUCGUUAUGGUCAUUAUGGUAUUGCAAUUAGUCUCAUUACAUAUGAAGAUCGUUUUUCAUUACAUAAAAUUGAACAAGAAUUAGGUACAGAAAUUCAACCAAUACCAAAACAAAUUGAUCCAGCACUUUAUGUUGCUGAAUAUCAAAUGGGUGGAGAAAAUAUUGGUGAAAAACAACAAGAAAAUAAUGCAGCUAGUGCAUCAGCUACAACUAACAAAUCAUAA